AGCAUAGAUAGGCAUCCUGCAAUACUGAGAGAAAAAGAGUGAAAGUAUUGAGAAAUGGAGAACUUCCCAGUGAUCAACUUGGAAAAGAUGAAUGGUGAGGAGAGAAAAGCAACUAUGGAGAGAAUCAAGGAUGCUUGUGAAAACUGGGGAUUCUUUGAGCUUGUGAAUCAUGGCAUACCCUGUGACCUAUUGGACACUGUGGAGAGGUUGACCAAAGAGCACUACAAGAAAAGCAUGGAACAAAGGUUCAAGGACUUGGUGGCAAGCAAAGGGCUUGAGGGUGUCCAAACUGAGGUCAAAGACAUGGACUGGGAGAGUACCUUCCAUUUGCGUCACCUUCCUGAGUCAAACAUUUCAGAGAUCCCUGAUCUCAGUGAUGAGUACAGGAAGGGGAUGAAAGAAUUUGCUUUGAUGCUAGAGAAACUAGCAGAGGAACUGCUGGACUUGUUAUGUGAGAAUCUUGGACUAGAAAAGGGAUACCUUAAAAAGGCCUUCUAUGGAUCCAAGGGACCAACUUUUGGCACAAAGGUUGCUAACUACCCUCCAUGCCCAAAGCCAGACCUUGUGAAGGGUCUUCGCGCCCACACCGAUGCUGGUGGCAUUAUCCUUCUUUUCCAAGAUGAUAAGGUCAGUGGCCUUCAGAUGCUCAAAGAUGGUAAGUGGAUAGAUGUGCCUCCUAUGCGCCAUUCCAUUGUUAUCAACCUUGGUGACCAACUUGAGGUAAUCACCAAUGGCAAGUACAAGAGUGUGGAGCAUCGUGUGAUAGCACAAACUGAUGGGACCAGAAUGUCCAUAGCCUCGUUCUACAACCCUGGCAGUGAUGCUGUUAUCUACCCAGCACCAGCAUUGGUAGAUCAGAAUAACGAGGUGUACCCAAAAUUUGUGUUUGAGGACUACAUGAAGCUCUAUGCUGGAUUAAAGUUCCAAGCUAAGGAGCCAAGAUUUGAAGCCUUCAAAGCAUCAGAUGUCAACCUGCAGGGUCCCAUUGCAACCGCUUAAACCUGUUUCACUAUAACUACAACGUUGUUUAUUUAGAGAAAAGCAAAGUUAAGAAACGUUUCUCAAACGAGUAUAUAAUAAUUUACUACGGUGAGUGAAGUUAUCAUAAAAAAAUAACAAAAAAAUAUCAAUGUUUGAUUAUAAAAUACUAUUCAAGUAAAAUAAAUAUUUAUUGGUUGUUGU